CACUGUGAUGUCGAAAUGACGUAAUUUUUCGGUGACGUAGUCAGGUGGGGGGUUAGGAUUGACAUAUGCAAAAAUUGUUGAGCCAGGCUAACUAGAAGUGCUACGAUCGCCCGGAACGGUAUUUGUGCCGCCGAUAACGAACUCGCUACCUCCUGCGACAAUGAACCAGCACUUAAGGAAUAUCAACAAGUAAAGGCCGAAAUAUGAAAUUACAUGGCAGCAUAAAGGCAACAUACGGACAUCAUAACAGAAUCGAAAGAUGAAUACAACAGGGAUUGAUUCAGAUAUUUUAUUUUGUGACAAAGAGGGGACCUCAAUAAGUCAACAUGCAGACAUGAUAUAAAUACUGCAGUAGACUAAUAUCACAGCAUCACUUUCAAUUUCUUCCUGGACUAGAAGUUUUGUUGCAGCAAGAAAAUGAAGACAACAUCUACACUAUCAUUUCAGGGAUUCUCCUCCGUUCCAUCUCUUCAUCUUCGGCAUGUUCGUUCAUUAAUUCAUUUGUUUCCUUAUGAAGAGGUUCCAAGACAUAUGCAAGGCAACCCCCACAUAACUGCAGGGUAUAGAUGUUAUUUAUCAGCAAGGCAAUGUCUCAAAAGUAUGUUUGUUUUAUCAAAUGAAUUGGUAAAUAUUUGGACGCAUUUAGGAAUGGCAUUAGCAUGGAUAUUCUUGCUAUUAUAUGAUCAACUUGUUAGUUUGCCUUCAGCUGGAGCUGGAUUAUCGGACCAUUUUGUUCAUUUGACGUAUGUCUUGUGUAUUCAAAUUUGUAUGGUUUCAUCUGCAGGGUAUCAUAUCUUUAAUUCACAUACUCUAGAAAAUGUAUGUUUAAGGUGGUAUGCCAUUGACUUGGCAGGAAUAAUUACAGGUGUAUUGGGAUGUUAUAUUCCUGGCCUGCAUUAUGCCUUUUACUGUUUUCCUUAUAUCAAACUUCUUUACCUUGUAUCAGUUGCAGCUUUGAUCGGUAUUUCAAUUUUCAUGGUGACCCAACCCCUUUACCUGAGUCAUGCAUGGACUAGAUAUAGAAUGUCCCAUAUAAUAACUUUGGUUUUGUAUGGAAUUGUUCCUUCAGUUCACUGGGUUUUCAUCUCUAGUAGGAGAGAAAUUGAAUUAUUUCUACCCAAUGUAAUGACAAUGUACUUAAUACUGGCUAUUGCGUUUUCAUUCUACUUAUCUCAAUUUCCUGAGCGAUUCUUGCCUGGGAAAUUUAAUCUUAUAGGACAAAGUCACAACUUGUGGCAUGUCAUGACAGCGUUUAGUUUUAUAUACUGGCGACAUGUAGCCCUACAUAUAAUGCUAUACCGUGUGGAAAAUGAGUGUUCUAUUGACCAAGCAUAAAAAGGUUCUAAUUAUACAACCUUUCAGAAGUUAUUCCUUCAUAUUUUUCUCCAAAUGUGCAAAGUGCCUAAACCAAUCAAUGUGAAGCAACUUUAAAAUAAAUCACCAUUUUCAACUAGUGCUAUUUAUUAGGUAAAUUAAUUUCUAUAAAAGAGUGCACAUUCUCAGAAAUUAUACAAAUUUUAAUAAUGUGCAUACGUAUCUGUAAGCCUACUGCUACUGGGAUUGGACAUUGAGAUAUAUGAUUACACAUUCCGUGUCUGCUGGUCAUGUUAAUAAAACCAGAAAUUCAUAGUGAAUGAAUGCAAAAAAUGUAUAUGCAAAUAAGAAUCACACACAGAAAUACUUCAAAUCCAGUUUAUUUUGAUUACCUCAAAUUGUUCUAUUUAGCCCACCGAUAUUGCUCAUGUAAUCUUGUGUUAUGUUAUUGUACUGACUUUUUAUUGAUGCGUAAAUAUCUUAACUGUACUGUUCUCUGUAUAAUUUUAGUUUGUAUACAUAACCCUCCUUUCACUUUGCUACUAUUAUUUUAGCAAAUAAUGGGAUCUGGGGAGCAUUUCUGAUAAGCGGUAUCUUUUAAUGAGAGUGUUUGUUGAAAAAUUGUAAUAAUAUUGAGCCUAUACUUGUUCAUCAAAAUGUCUGUUCUGGCUGUAAGUGACUUCAUGUUUGGAAGUUUAUUGACAGAGCUGAAAAUGAAGCCAUGGUGGGAAACAUUUCGUGGAUAUUGUUUUGCAGCAAGUGUGGCGAUUGCAUUAUUUUUAACAUAUCUCUUCUCACCAACACCGGAUGUGAGGUGCUUACCCUCAACGGGAAAUGAAACUCUUCAAAAGCAGUUUUCAGCUCAGGAGUCUUCUUUUGUGAAUAAUAUUUGUCGCAAUCAAUUGCCAUGGUAUAUAGGAUAUGCUGGAAUAAUAUCCAUUGUGUGCACAGUCAUAAUUAUUAUUUUUUCAUCUUAUUGGCUCCAUCACCCAGAUAUUAUCAACUCAUUUCGAACCUUUUCCAGAGCAGAAGAGCUUAUUGAAAGUGUUAAUUUAUCUGUUGGAGAUUUGAAAACUGCAUCAUACAAACCACUGGACUCUAAAAUUGAAGAAAAUGCGAAAGUUAGGAAAGCGUGUCUGUUGCUAUGGAAUUACACAAGCAAUGCUGAAAUCUAUACCUGGUAUUUUGUACGGAAUCUUCUCUUGUUGCUUAGCACAAUUGCUGCAAUUGGUAUAUCCACAUACAUACUUAUCCUAAUUGGAACUGAUAGUGAUAUGUUUCUUUGUAACUUGGCACGGGAUAAAGAUUUUAAUUCCACUAUUGCUACAUACAAAAUGAUGACAAAUAACUUCUGCUCCCAUAAUGCAUCAAGGAGGCUCUUUCCUUUUGUGGUUUCGUAUAUUGUUACACUUGCAGCACAGUCUUUAUUCAUUUUGAUAGGAAUUUACAAAAUGACUAAGUGUCGUGAAAGCAUAAUAUGUAUACCUGUGACUUAUCGAUCUGAAGUUGUUGGAAAUAAUUAUUUCACUGCUCAUGGUACAAAAGCAGCAGCUUUUUCUCAAUUUAUGGUAAAGUUUUGGAAAAACUCUCGGCCUGUGAGUUCAGGAUCGUUUGCUCAAUUUGUUUCUUUCAUAUUUUAUGAUGUUUUAAAUCCAAUCAAACAAAAUUUGAGAUCUGCAUUGAGUUUGGAUAAACAACUGGUUGAAGUAUAUUCUGUUUUGAAGAAAGGUGGAGGAAAUGAGAUAUUGACAAUCAUACAUGACAUUCUUGAAAGAAGAAAUUUUUUGGAUGAUUCAACAUACGCGAUGUUAUGUGAUGUUGUGAAUUGUUUGACAGGAGAAUUGUCAUGGAACCAAAAUUCAGAAAUUCUACUUCAGAAACUCUAUGAUCAACAACUUUGGGAAAUGUUUGUUCUUAUUAUUUCACUUCCAUGCUGGACAAAAUCACAGGAGGACAAUAUAAUUCAAUAUUUAAUCAAUCUCAAAAUAAAUCCGAAUCAGAUCGGGAGACCUUAUAUAGCUGAACGCUCCAUUUUGUUUUAUGCAAUGUCAGCUACAAAAAAUGACACAGUUAAUGUGGAUGGAACACGGAGGAUUUUCUCAGCAAUGAUUGAUGGUGAGCAUAAAUUUGUUCAUUACGGAGGUAUUACUAGAAGAGCGGAACAAUUUUUCAUAGAAGACUCUUGGAAUACACCAGGUGGGUAUCUUGCAAUAAAUCAAGUCCUUGGUUUUGUCCGGAUAAGUGAGAACACAAAGGAAAGUGAGAAUACAGAGAAAAGUGAGAACACAAACAAAUCUCCCAGUGUAAGCGAAGGAAUGAUUGGUUCGUUGAUUUUACAACACUGUAAUAAAACCGCGUUAUUGAAGCCAAGAUACAGUGACGUGACAUUUGAGCACAAAAAAUCCUAUGAAAAGUAUAUAAAAUACAUUACAAACUUUGCGAGAAAAAUAUCUUAUCUCAAAUUUACAAAGUGGGAUGAGAAUACAAAAAAAUUAUUAAAGUAUGCUUAUGAUGAAAAGCAGUGGAUCAUUUUUGUCGAACUCCUAAAUUCCUUCAUUGAUGAAAAAUACAUGACACGCAACAGAUCUGAUUCAUUUACAAGUGAAAUUGAUUGUGGAAUUACAGAAUUUGAUGUCAGCACUCGAAUAAGUGAAGAAAAUAUACUUUUGCAUUCCACUAGUUACAGUGGGUCUAUUUUAUAUUAUGCCAUGACAAAACCCGAAUAUCGUCUGCACUUUGUACCAACUGCAGCACGACAUAUUUUAGCUAAUACAAAGAACCAGGAAAAACUUGUACGAGAUGAAAUGGGUCAUCACCACGCAGCUUCAAAGUUUGUUCUGGAGAAUGAUACUUUAACUAUAGGCGACAGGGACAUGUUACAACUCUUACUUCAAGAAAGCGAUAGAGGAAACCUAGAGAGAAAUACAUCUGUGAGAAGCCACAGUUCACACCAUAGCAGUGGCGGCCAAAUUACUUCAAGGUCAACAUAUAACAAUCAAGGUCAAAUUUUUAAUGAUGUGCCAUCAACAUCACAUACAAAUCAACUGUCUCAUAGGACCCCUAUAACAUCAUUGAUUACCAAACAAAGUAAAGGUUCAAAGCAAAGUGAUGUAAUGCUUGGGCAUGAUGCAGCAAAUUUAUCUUUUUUAUCUGAGGCAGAAAAUGAGAAGGUAUCAUUGGUCACGAGGGCAACAUCUGAUCCACAGUUGACAAAUUCUGCUGCACACAAGUCAAGUAUGGUAUAAAAUAAUAUGGAGGGCAUUAUUGUGUCUAGCUCAUUUUUUCAUAUUGAUGUAAAAUGACGGUAUAUCUUAUGAAUGUUAAAGCUAGCUUCCUCCUAAUCAGGUAUUAAAAUUUUGACCUACUUUUCCGCAAAACUGUUGCAAUAACACCAUACAUUUCUGUCUCUGCAAUUUUUGUGCCACGUUCGACUUGAUUUAUAUAGAAGUACACACAUAUA